UAAAUUACCCGCGGUGCUAUUAGUUUGUCACUAACUAGGGAUUUUGAUUUUGCACUUUUAAACUUGUCAACUUUCCCUCCUCUGGUUUUGUUAGUUAGGUUAGGUUGUUCAGUUUGAAUUUUGAGUUAAUUUUUGGGUCGAAAAUGGAAGAAGUAAUGGACAAAAAGGAGGCUUUGAAAUGGCAAAACCUAUACGACGCACUGCUCAAGAAGUGUUUGAAAAACAAUAAGGAUGAUGACGCAGAAUACACUUUGGAUAGUAUUCCCGAAGAUGUGCUUCCCUUAAAACAUUAUUCCAAUUGCGUAAAAACUUCAACUCUUUCAUCGAAACAGAAAAAACUUGUUGAGAAAUUUGAAGUCACAUUAAAAAGUUGUCUUCAUGAAAUGGCUUUGAAGCGAGAAAAAGCAAAAAUUCUGUGCCUUGAAGAUUUAAAGAGUGUUGAUUUAGCAUUUAAGGGUGAACUAAGAAGGUUGUAUGGUUCAGUGGGAUUAGAGGAACUUGACGAAUACAUCAAACUUUGUCUUAUUCCUGAUCAAGAAAUUAUAGAUUUGAUAGAAAAUAAAAUACAAAGUAAUCUCAAAGAAUGUCUUGUACGUGAAGCUGGAUUAAAGGUGAAUACAGUUGAAUUCAGAAAAUGGUUGAUCAAGACUUUGAGAGAAUGGCAUCUUUUGCUACAGGCUGUUCAAGAGGAUGAGCUGGUUGUUUAUGCUCUCCACGUCCUCAAGAACGCUGGUUUCUAAUUUUUUGUUAUAACGAACUUCUUUCAAAAUGAAGAGAUUUUUUAUUAUGAUUUUCUUUUUUGUUAACUAAUAAUAAUUACCAAUAAAACCGUUUAUAGAUACUUUUA